AGAUUUCUUCACCUUUGUUGUAUUAAUAAUCAGACUUCAGAAUAACGCUGCCUUGAGAAAUGACAGCACUGUAUCUUAGAAGGAAGGAAAAUGUAGCAUGCCAGACCAGGGACAGACUUUUAAUUGCCAGUGAUUCUUGUGAAUUUCCUGAAUAUUAAAGCACCUACUGAAGUUAGCUACAGUCGUAAAGAGAAAAAAUGAACUUGAAACUUUAAAAAUUGCACUACUGCACAUCAUAAUGUAACAAAGUAAACAACAACAAAAAAACAUUGUUUAAAAAAACAAUAGCAGAGAAAAGCAGCUGAUCUUUAGGAAGGCAGUUGGUUGCUUAUUAUGAAGUAUUUACAGAGUCCGAUGCAUUUUCAAAGCUGGUUACAGUCAUUACCACAGCAUACCCUUGUGAGGAGCGGUUGUGCGAUCAGAUCGAUCUAAGAUGGCGACUGUGGAACCGGAAACCACCCCUACUCCUAAUCCCCCGCCUACAGAAGAGGAGAAAACAGAAUCUAAUCAGGAGGUUGCUAACCCAGAACACUAUAUAAAACAUCCUCUACAGAACAGAUGGGCACUCUGGUUUUUUAAAAAUGAUAAAAGUAAAACUUGGCAAGCAAACCUUCGACUGAUCUCUAAGUUUGAUACUGUUGAAGACUUUUGGGCUCUAUACAACCAUAUCCAGUUGUCUAGUAAUUUAAUGCCUGGCUGUGACUACUCACUUUUUAAGGAUGGUAUUGAGCCUAUGUGGGAAGAUGAGAAAAACAAACGGGGCGGAAGAUGGCUCAUUACAUUGAACAAACAGCAGAGACGAAGUGACCUCGAUCGUUUUUGGCUAGAGACACUGCUGUGCCUUAUUGGAGAAUCUUUUGAUGACUACAGUGAUGAUGUAUGUGGAGCUGUUGUUAAUGUUAGAGCUAAAGGUGAUAAGAUAGCAAUAUGGACUACUGAAUGUGAAAACAGAGAGGCUGUUACACAUAUAGGGAGAGUAUACAAGGAAAGGUUAGGACUUCCUCCAAAGAUAGUGAUUGGUUAUCAGUCCCAUGCAGACACAGCUACUAAGAGCGGCUCCACCACUAAAAAUAGGUUUGUUGUUUAAGAAGACACCUUCUGAGUAUUCUCAUAGGAGACUGCGUCAAGCAAUCGAGAUUUGGGAGCUGAACCAAAGCCUCUUCAAAAGCAGAGUGGACUGCAUUUAAAUUUGAUUCCAUCUAAAUGUUACUCAGAUAUAAGAGAAGUCUCAUUCGCCUUUGUCUUGUACUUCUGUGUUCAUUUUUUUUUUUUAAUUUUUAUUAUAGUGUCCACUAUCCCAAUCAAAGAAUUACAGUCCACAUCAUCCCCAGAAUCCAUAAAUGUGUUCCUGGCCCACUCUGUAUUAGCUUAGUAGAAUUACCAUUACAAACAAGUUUUACCCACCCACAAUAUUCAAAAGAACUUGCGUUUCUAUACUUUAAUAGGAAAAAAAUUGAGUUUAUGUUCCAUUGUAUGCAGGGGCAUAUUUUGCUGGUUUGAAAGAGUAUGAUGCAUACAGUUUUCUAGCAAUUUUCUUUGUUUCUUUUGACAGCAUUAUCUUUGCUGUACUCUUGCUGAUGGCUGCUAGAUUUUAAUUUAUUUGUUUCCCUACUUGAUAACAUUAGUGAUUCUGAUUUCAGUUUUCCAUUUGUUUUGCUUUUGUUUUUCCUCAUGUAACAUUGGUGAAGGAUCCAGGAAUAUGACACAAAGGUGGAAUAAACAUUAAUUUUGUGCAUUCUUUGGUAAUUUUUUUGUUUUUUGUAACUACAAAACUUUGCUACAAAUUUAUGCAUUUCAUUCAAAUCAGUGAUCUAUGUUUGUGUGAUUUCCUAAACAUAAUUGUGGAUUAUAAAAAAAUGUAACAUCAUAAUUACAUUCCUAACUAGAAUUAGUAUGUCUGUUUUUGUAUCUUUAUGCUGUAUUUUAACACUUUGUAUUACUUAGGUUAUUUUGCUUUGGUUAAAAAUGGCUCAAGUAGAAAAGCGGUCCCAUUCAUAUUAAGACAGUGUACAAAACUGUAAAUAAAAUGUGUACAGUGAAUUGUCUUUUAGACAACUAGAUUUGUCCUUUUAUUUCUCCCAUUUCUAUAGAAGGAAUUUGUACUUCUUAUUGCAAGGCAGUCUCUAUUGUGUCUUCUCUUGUAGUGUCUUCCACUUGAACAGCAUAAGUUUGGAGCACUAGUUUGAUUAUGUUUAUUAUAAUUUUUAAUAAAUUGAAUAGGUAGUAUCAUAUAUAUGGAUGAAACUGAUGUGGCUAUCUUUGUUUUUUUAUAAAGUAAGGCCCAGUUCUUUAGUCUUAAGUAAAUAAUGUAAUUUCAAUAUGUAAAAAUUCAUGAGAAUUGGGAUUUUGGUGCAUCACCAUUUGAUUGAUAGGAACAGUGGUUGUAAAUCUUGGUUGCAAGUUGAGAUAUUCUUAAGUGUCAGAAUGAUAGCAUAGGGAAAGUACAGGUGGGGGCAUUUGCAUUAGUAUUCUUAUCAAUAGAACAGAAUAAAUAAGUAUUAAGAUAUUUAUAUUGGUCAAUUGUUGUAGUAUGGUUUUUCUGUAAACUUGAAAACUUCAUUUCUUCUUUGUAGGUAUCAUUUGAAAGCAAACUUGAAAAAUAUUUUGUCUCUGAUACAUAAUUGUAUAGUUCAGAUCCUGUGAAAUGAAGUGUGGCUAUCAUAGAACAAAGAAGGUGAACUGUAGGUAGCAGAAUGGAAAUCAUUAGUCUAUAGGAGAUUUUGUCUUUAAGUGGUGAUUAUGAAUGGAUCGUUUUCAAACUGAUAAACUUGACAAAGACCCUUAUAAAAUAAAAUGGAAUUAAUAGCAUUGGUUUCAUUGUAGAAUUUUCAAAUAGAUUUUAAAGGCUACCACUGAUUGCCAUUUGACUACUCUAAAUGUCACAAACACUCCUUAUUCCAUAUUAUAGAAAUAUUGAAUGUUGUGUGUUUAAUCUCCACAUUCUGUUCCUAAUGUCUGCUAUUUAAGCUUGGGUGAUUGGUUUAGCUGACAUUGUCUGUGUUGAUAUAUGUAGUUGUGAGCAUUUCAAGAACUUUGUUAAGUGGCCAUGAUGGUAGUAUGUUGGCAGUGAGUGGGAUUGGAGUAGUGCAUCUAUUAGAAGUUAAUGUUCUCAUUUCCUUAAUCCUAAAAUGAAGUACAAUUUUAAGAAGUAAAAGCUUUUCCCCACAGAAGAAGAAUACAUCACACAGUUCUAAGUUUUUUAAAAAAAUUGUAGCAUUUGAUUGUUAUAACUGUUUUAGAAUCAUAAUUUUAUUUUAAGUCUUUUCCCCAAGAACAGGGAGGGAUGAUAAACUAUUAUGAAUCACUUUGGCCAAUUGCCACUUAAAUAUCACAGUGACUUGCAGCUUUUCAUAACUUUACUACAUUACCCUGUCCAAUAGGAGGUUUUAGAUAGAUACAUUUCAUAAUAGAAAAUGGAAGUAAUCUUUAACAGAUAAAUAGUAGUUCAUUGUGGGAUGUGACAUUUAAUGGAUUUAAUCUUAAUUAUACCAAUUCUACAAAAGGAUUUGGUACAUAAUAUGUAAGAAUUAAAUAAUUACAAAACUUAUGUGCUCCCGUCACUUUAUAUGCACAUUAACCUGCACAGAAAUUCUUGGAUAUGUAGGUACUGAUAAUUCCUCAUUUUAUGAAUCAAGAAACAGAAGCAUUGAGAUCUUUAUAGCUUUUGUCAGGUGCAAAGUGUGUUUUAAUCCUGGAAAUUAGGUUCUAAAAACUCUAAAUCACAUUGUAUUUUUCAGUAGUGUGGGCUUAUAGAUUAUAGAUUACAUCAGAUUGUAGUCACUUCAUAGGCCACUUCAUAGUCACUUCCUUUGUUAGUGAAACUAAUAAUAGGUGGGAAAGUUUUCUAGACUCAAUUCUGUUACCAACCAACUAAACUAUUUUGAGAACAUGGAUACAAAGGUAAAGGAGUUUAGAGGAAUAUGUUUUAAGUAACUAUUUUCAUAUAGUUUCAUGUGUCUGUAUUCUUCUAAGAUAAAUGGCAAAAUAAAGAACAGUGUUUGAAUUGAUAGUUAAUAUUUUUAAAUGCUGAAGUUACAUUCAAGAGGAUAAUGUAAAUUUAGUGAGGCAUUGUGAUAGUGCAGUGUUUUGCAUUUUAAAAUUAAAACAAGUUAAUGACAAAGCUCCAUGCUACCUUUUAUCUGUGUUUCUUCCAGACUGUCUUCAGUGUGAGUAGUGAAGAAGAAAAAUACCAAUUUACUCAAUUGACGUCAGACCCUCCACACAGAUUCAAGAUUUUAGGCCAGACUGAUAUUGAAAAACAAGACUAUUCACCAUUUCUCUGGGGACUACUAUAGCAAUUCUGAGUAUCUAGAAACCUUAAAACAUUAAAUAUAUGUAUUCAUGCUGGGCACCCUGUUGCAUACUUAUGAUCCCAGCUAUUUAGAGAGCUGAGGCAGGACCAUCACAACUUGGAGGACAGUCUGGGCAACUUAACCAGACCCUAUCUAAAAAUAAAAAGGGCUAAAGGUGUAGCUCAGUGGUAGACCACCACUAUGCCUAUUAUACUUGAGGCCCCAAGGUUCGAUCCCUACCACUGCAGGGAUGGGGAAGGUAUGUGUGUGGCGGCAGGGCGGGGGCGGAAGUAUGUGCUCAUUUUUCUUGUAAUUUAAAAAACAUUUUACAGAAGUAUGUUUGACAGUGUAGAGGUUAAGACUGGUCCUUUAUCACAAAGGAUUUGAGAAUUACUACUCCUUGUUUGCUUUCCCCAGUAGCCCAGGCCAGCUCUUUUGCCCUUUCUUCCCUGAAACAAGUAUGUCUGUUAGGUCGUGCUCCUCGUAUCUUUGUAAUUGUUAAUGGAGUUGUCAAAAUUUUGAGCCUCUUCAGUAGCAUCUUAAUUCUGUUGCUUAUUGUGAAUUCCAAAGUAGAUAUUAAACAGCCUUCCUGUUACAUAGAGUAGUUUUAGACCUGUUUUCUUGUAAUUAUUUUUUCCACUGGUGGAAGCAAAGAAUGAAAUUAUAGGCAUAUGGUAACAUGAAAUUCAGAGGAACCAAUUUUUCACAUUAAUUUUUCCCCUUUAUUUUUUUAGACCUUGUAAUUCCUCAUAGUUUUGCACAGAAGCUAUUUCCCUGCCUUCUUUCUGGCAAAAAGAAAAAAUUGUUUUUUACACAUUUGUAUAUUACAUAUAUGUGUUUUAUAUGAGAAGAGAAUACUUUGUUCUUGAUGCUGAACAUAGAGGUAGAACAGAAUGACUGGGUCCCUGCUCUAAGAAAAUUUAAAAGCAGAUUCAAAAUGAGUGUUUCUUUUAUAAAGUUAUACAAAUAGCUUUUGUUCCUGAAAUAGUAGUAGAAUUUAUAUUCCUGGAGGUUAUGUAAUCUAGAGGUACAUGUAAAAUGAAGCUGACUUUUCAGCUCUAAUCUUGAAUCUAGAUGGAUCACCAUGGGAUUCCAACAAACCUGUGUGUGCAAAUUACUGCUUUUGCAAGACCUAGUUUCUACUUUUUAUGACUAAACUAGGUGAUUGUCCAAGUAAAGUUUUUUAAAAAUUAUGUGAUGACAUUUAAAAAUUUUAACAUUUGUUUAACUUAACUUUUUUGAUCAUAUUGUUGUAUUUUCUGUGUAAUUUUGUCUGCAUUAGUGUGAUUUUUUUUUUAGAGGUAGCAGUCCUUUAUCCAGCCACCUUCCCAAAAUACUGAUCCGUGAUUUUUUUCUUUAAUGUUUGAUCAAACAUAACACAUGCCUAUUUUAUUUUUCUUCCCUACAGAAGGGUAGAAGGUGAAACAUUCCUGUCUCCUUCAAUCUCACUCUUCUUUUUCAAGGUACCACUCAAAUUUCUUAUAAAUUUAUGUCUAUAGAGAUUUUCUGUGCAUAUCAGAUGAGUGUAUGUGCACACAUGUAUAGAUUUUUUAGACACAAAAGUCACUAGCAUUGUUUUGUCAUUUAAUAAUUUUGGACAUUUUUGUCAUAGUGCAUGCAAAAUGCAUUAUUUUUAUUGUUCCACAUGUUCCAUUAUAUGGAUGUAUUCUUUAUGGGUGGACUGACUCCUUUCUUCCUCCCUUCCUUCUCCCUUUCCUUCCUUUUGGUAUUUUUGCCUUCACAGACCCUCAUUGUUAAGAUGUAAUCCUAUCUUUGUACACUAAGCUUAAUGAAAAACAAUUUGUUUUUCUUUAGCAGUACUAAGUGGCACUUAUUUUCUACCCAUUUGACACCCAGACCAUUCUAGUCCACAUACACAGACUAUCAUCUGUUAGUCAUUGUGUUCUACAAAGCAGCUUUGUAAGUUUUGUAAUUUUGUUUCUUGUGAUAUUUUUCUGAUUGGAUAAUCAUUUCUUUAUUUUCUUCUAAUGAGCCAACAUGGUUAUAAAUACAAGUAAGAUAGUUUAUUUGCUAGAUUGUAUUGUUUCUCAACGAUAAGCCAUGAGCUAGCUACUUUCAUUUUAGACUAGUAAAUGUUGAAAAAGCUAGAACCAAAAAUUAGGGACAUUGGAGCUAGUUUUAUUUUAAACCUUAUAGUGAGUUUAACUUCACAAUUUACUGAGAGUGUUACCUAAACAUACCUUUAUUAUCAUAAGCAGUUUCCCUUGUCAUUUCAUUUGUUUUUAGGGGCAUUGUUUUUCUAUUUUAUUUUUUGUCUUCACCCUUUGACUCAGUUUUGAAUGGUUUGUGCAUGGAGCCUGACAUUGUGUUUUGGUGUGUAAGAUUCUCCAUAUGAAACAUGAGUCAUGAAAUUUGUCUCAGCUUUGCAUUAUCUCUUUAUGGCAAACUGUUAAGCAUAUUAUGUAUACCUUGGAGGCUAUUGUUUUUUAGCACUGCCUUUUAGAUACUAACCAUGGCUAAAUAUUGUGGUGUCCUGCACUUGUAAGAGUUUUGUAAUGCAGCUAAAAUGAUACUUAGGAUAUAUCAGUUAUUUUGUGCACUUUUUUUUUCUUUCAGAAAACCACUAAUUCUUUACCUCCUCUUCAUGCUUUUUGAAGUGUUGCUUUUAUAAGGGUUCUAUCUUCACAUGUUCAUAUUUCCAAUCUGCUGUCCUUGUGUUAUUUAUCCUGACAUUUUGCUUGUGCCAGUGAUUUCCAAAUCUCUUUCCUUAACCAUCAACUUCCUCCUGUUCAUAGGUCUGAUUCUCCUUACCUACUGGAUCUUUGCUUCAGGGGUCUACUAAUUACAGUCAGUGCCCAAGUCUGUUUCAUAAAUAAAGUUUUAUUUGAAUAUGG